AUGGGAGUCCCCAGAGCCAUCCUGCUCUGCCUCUUUGGGUCUGUUCUCUGCCUGACAGGGUCCCAAGCCCUGCAAUGCUACAGCUUUCAACACAUCUACUUCGGGCCCUUUGACCUCAGUAACCUGAAACUCCCCAGCAUCUCCUGUCCCGAUGGAUGCUCGGAGGCCGUCCUGUCGCUGGACACUGGGUACCGCGCCUCGGUGACCCUGGUGCAGAAGGGCUGCUGGACCGGCCCGCCCAGGGGCCAGAUGCAGUCCAACGAGGACGCGCUGCCGCCCGACUACUCGGUGAUUCGCGGCUGCACGACUGACUGGUGCAACGCCGCCUACAUGACCCACGACACCGUCCCCAACCUGAGCCCAGCGCCCAACCCGCCCACGCUCAGCGGCACCGAGUGCUACGCCUGCGUGGGGACCCGCCCGGAGGACUGCGCCCCGAGGAAGUCCCGGCGGGUCCAGUGCCACCAGGACCAAAGCGUCUGCUUCCAGGGCAACGGCGAAAUGAGCGUUGACAAUUUCACGGUCCCUGUGUACAUCAGAACCUGCCACCGGCCCUCCUGCACCAUCAUGGGCACCACCAGCCCCUGGACAGACAUCGACCUUCAGGGCUUCUGCUGUGAGGGGCCACUGUGCAACGGCGGCUCCGUGACCCAGCCCUUCACCAUCGCCUCGGCCACCGCGCCGCCCCUGGCCCCGCACUUCCUGGCCCUGCUCCUCGCAGUUCCUCUGCUGGUGGGCACGCUGGGGGGACCCCUCUGCCUCUCCCCAUAG